CCGGAAAUAGUUUGGCCAGUGUAUCUUGGGCAGUGGAGGAGGAAGGACGUUGCGCUGCGCUCCCGAAGGUCUAGUCACGUGGUAUACAGGCUGUCGAAAGCAUGGCCACCACCCACACCAUCCGCACGGUCGGGUGUGUUCCGGCCCACUUUGUCGCCAGGAAGAAGACUCGCGGACGGCAGGGCAAUGUUGGCUACCACCGCGCUCCACUCAUACACGGAGAGGUGGAGCAGAAGAUUGAUGAGUUCAUGCUGUACAGUGAGGAUGAGGAGGAGGAGGAGGAGAAUGAUAUCGAGGAGGAGGAGAGUGCCAGGGACGGGGGGGGGUACAUAGCUCUGGGGGGCAUGCCUCUACACAACCACCCCCCCUCCGCCAACAACAACAACAACAACCAACACAACAACGCCUCCUCCGCUCUGUGCUCCGGCUCCGCGCCCUCAUCCGCGUCGUCGCUGUUUUUGUUGAAGCGGAAGCAAAGUUUUAUACAGAGGUACCAACCACUCAGCCGUAACUUCGCCGACUACGUGUUGACGCGAUCGAGGGGGUGCGGCCGCCUCGAACACCAGCACAUCAAUGAGGAGUUUGGCACCAGGCACAUGUUGACCACCGGGAUGUUCAAGGAGCGUCCGAUUCCACUCAACAGGAUCAACAAGGUGUUCUGCUCCCAGUGGCUCAGUGACCAUCAGAUAGCCAUGGGGACAAAGUGCAAUAAGCUGAUGGUAUAUGAUGUCAACACCAGGCAGAUGGAUGUCAUUCCCUCGCUGCGCAGCCCCGAGCAGGCCCGGCCCCCAGAGCAGCAGCAGUGCGGGAUUCACUCCAUCGAGAUCAACCCAUCGCGGACGCUGUUGGCAACCGGGGCGCUGAACUCAAACGAUAUCGCCGUGUACAGACUCCCCACGCUGGACCCUGUGUGUGUGGGGGACAGAGCUCACAAGGAUUGGAUAUUUGAUAUGUGUUGGCUGGAUGACCAAUUCCUUGUAUCAGGCUCCAGAGACACCCACCUAGCGCUAUGGAAGGUGGACGACGACUCCGAGAGGGCAGGCGAGGCGGGGGGACUCCCAAACUACCACCAAAUCCGUCCCGUCCGCGUCAAGAAGUGCAACGGGGCGGAGAAGGUGCGCGCCGUCAUCUUCAACCCUAGCUACUCCGAGGUGGUCGCCCUCUCGCUCAACGCCUACGUGCACGUCUGGGAUGCCAACCGGUUCGUGCAGAAGAUGUCCCGCAAGUUGCCGCACUCCAUGGAGAAUGUCUGUCUCACCUGCAAAGAAGACUCCUCGCUCUACGCCAUCGGAUCCAAGUCACACACCACCCUGUUGGACCCUCGGACUUUGCACCAUGUUAGGAAGGUCAACGCGCGCAUCACCGGCUGUGGGAUCCGGUCGGUAUCCUUCCACGGCGAAAUCCUGACUAUCGGCACGGGGGUCGGCGCUAUAAUGUUCUUCGACAUGCGCGCCGGGAAAUACAUGGAGAGUACAAUGAACAGUGGCCGCGCCGUUGUCCUGAAGAGCACCAAGGGCUGGGUGAGCGCAGACGACCAAUACCAUGAUGUCUUUCACAAUGUUGAGUACACGCCUGCUAUAUACACACAUUGCUACGACUGGUCCGGAAUGCGGCUCUUCACGGCGGGCGGCCCUCUCCCCGCCUCACUCAAGGGGAACUACGCUGCCCUUUGGUGCUGAGAGUGGGCAGGGUAGCGGAUGACUGGUGUGUGUUUGACGGGUGAGGUGAGAGGGUUGGUCUUUCCGAGGGAUGAUGAUGGGUGAUAUUUCUGGGGGUGUUGUGUGUGUGGGUGAAAUAGUGGAUGAGAAGUGUGAGGAGGUGGAUGAUUGGGUGAUGACGACGCCACGGGUGAUGUCUCAGAUAGGUGUUGAAAUACGUGGUGUUGUACAUGUGAGUGAGGAUGGGGAUGGAUAGGCUGAGUUAGUUAUGAGUGUGUGUGGUGAUGAGUGAUGAUGGGUGAUGUUUCCAAGAGGGUGGGAGUGGCUAGGCUGGGUUAGUCAUGAGUGUGUGUGGUGAUGAGUGAUGUUUAUGAGUGUGUAGGGGUGUGUGAAAGGCUGAGGAAAGAAGGGGAAGGAGAUGGGAGGUGCGUGUAAGGAAAGGAGAAGGGAAAGGGUUAUGAAACGUGUCUUAAGUGGUGACAUACGACCCCGUAGAAAUAGGUGAUGUCAUGUAUAUCUGAGUGGUGAUUGGUGAUGCUUGAGGGGGUAGGAGAGGAUGGGGGUAGUGGUGUGUUUGUGUGUGAUUGAUAGUGAUGAUUGGGGGUGUAUGUGAAUGGGUGUAAGAAAUGAUAUUGGUGGUAUUUCUGAGUAUGUGUGUGUGUGUGUGUGUGUGUGUGUGUGUGUGUAGGGGGGGGGAAAGGGAAGGGAGAGAGGGGAGGAGUUAGGAAAGGGAGGUGGAGUGUGUGUGUGUGUGUGUGUGUGUGGAGUGCAAUAGUGGGUGAAUGUGAUGUGGAUUUACUGUUCCCUGCGGAGUUUGUGUUGGUAGGGUUGGUGGAACAGCUGGUAUGUGGAGUGAUGUGUGUUUUAUAGAGUGGAGUAAGUGGAAGAGGUGACUGUUGGUUAAGUGUGGAGGAGUGUGAGUGUUUUAUAGAGUGGAGUAAGUGAGUGGAAGGGGUGGUGGAGGAGGUGACUGAGUUAGCUAGUAUGUGAGUGUGGUUUAAUUCAUUUCAUAUUGGUAGUAUUAAUAUUAUUUCUAUUAUUAUUACGACAUUUUCAAAAAGGACUGUAUUCCUCCCCUACACCCCACUCCCUUCAGUAAGCUCCUAAGCUCCUGGCCGGGCAAGUUAGGAUGCUGCUGACUGGCUGUUGGUCUUUCCGAAGGGGGUAGAAAUGAGUGGGUUCCAUGUCUGAGGGGUGAGGUUAGGAGUGGGUUUGUUGUGUGGGUUCAUGGGUCACAUCUCUGUCGCCCAGCACACUCACAAAGGUUCGGAAAGGCUAAAGUUCGAACCACUACCGGGGGGAUGCGAGUAUGCCCAGUUGUCAUUCUUCUAUAGGAAUCACCUCACCCCACUAGCACCCAGACCCUGCCACUCCCAUUCUCAUCAAACUGGCUGUCCUCACGACCCCUGCAGGACAUUCAACAUACACUCUGUCCCUGCCCCUCAUCUCAGUCAUUCGCACAACCUCACAAAGCCCUUAUGACGCAAGGCUCUCCCUGGAAGCUGAACCGUGUUAGACUCGGGGAUGAAGUGAUAUCUCCUCUGCUGUUCCAUUCCAGUAUCAUCUCUGCUCUCCCUUGUGACUCAGCCUGGAGACCUCUGAGCAAGCGCAUCUUCAGUGUAGCAAAGUCUGUCACUCGAGAACGCAUCGCUACAUAUGUCCCUGUUCUUGUUGAUGUGGUGUUCGGCGUAGUGAAAAUGAUGUUAGAGUGUUUUACAGUGACUCAAAAUUCUGUGUGUUGUGUGAUUGAUGAGAUCAGGAAAAAAAUAGGGAGUGUUUCUGAAUGUUUGGUAGUGAGUUGGGUGAUGGGAGAUGCAAGACCCAUUCACUCGACUCAUUCACACAAGACCCAUUCACUCACACAAGAUACCCACUCCUAACCUCACCACCUCUCAGACACAGGAUAGCCCGCCCAACCCUACCCCCUCAGAAAGACCGACAGCAAUGGAUAGUGUUGACUCUCCUGGGCUUAACGAACAGGGAACCCAUCGCUGCGCUCACCCUGUCUUGAGGCUGUGACACUCCCACUGUUCUUCCGUGGUGAAAGAGAACAAGCUGAACCCUUUACAUAUCACCACCAGACAUGUACGGUCACCCCUUAACACUCACAGGGGUCACGAAACAGAGACUCCUGCUAAUGUUAAAUUCCUGCCCUAUUUAAAAACAUUCCUCGACAGCCCAGAAUGCAACCCACAACUGUGCAGAGGGAAUGAGAAAGAUAACCCUGCCUCUCUCUCUAUCUAUCUAUCUAUCGGGGUGGGUGAGGGAUACAUGGAUUGACAUAUGAGCGGAGAGGGAGGGAGGGAGGGGGUCCUUUAUGUGUCUGGGGGGCAUGUAUCUGUGGGGUUUGUAAACAUACUGUGGGGUGACAUCUGUGGGUCCUGUGAGCUGAGAGAGAGAGAGAGAGAGAGAGAGAGAGAGAGAGAGACACACACACACACACACACACACACACACACACACACACACACACACACACAUUCUUAGCACAUGUCCAAUCCAUCUCAUUCAUCCACCCCCUCCACACCCCAUUCCACUUGUCACACCCACACUAAACCUUCCAUAUACAUCCAUUCUCACUCCAUUUCCCAAACAUCUCAGAGCUCCACACCUCACCCAUCCACCCUUCUGCCCCCUCCACAUCUCACUCCUCUCCCUGUCUGACCCACACUAAACCCUUCCACGCACACCCAUUUCAUUGUCAGCACAUAUCCAAAACCACCUCAGUACUGCACCCUACCCUUCCACCCCCUCCACAUUCCACUCCUCUUCCUGUCUGAUCCACACUAACCCUUCCACACACACUCAUUCUCAGCACAUGUCCAAAUCAUCUCAGAGCUCACACCUCACUCCACCCACCCACCCACACCC